GCGUUGGUGCGUUCGAUAACGUGUUGGACGUUGUCACGAUAUUGUCAUUUCGUUGUACAGCAUGAUCAUAAUCUUUAUUUCAAGUCAUUGUUACAGGAGUUGUUGGCACGGAUACUGGACGCGAAUAAACGGGUGCAGGAGGCAGCAUGCUCUGCGUUCGCGACUCUCGAAGAGGAGGCGAAUAUGGAGUUGGUGCCGUACCUAUCGGAGAUUCUGGCGACGCUUGCUGAGGCGUUUAAUAGAUAUCAGGUCGGGGUUGUUUUAUUUUUUUGUUUAAAUAUUUUUAAGUGGUUAUUUUUGGUUAAAUUUUAG